AUGGAAUCCAAAAGUUUAUCUACUGACGCUGCUACCAAUGAAGAUUUUGAUGGUGAAUUUCUACGCGAUUACUUCCCUCGUUUACCAGACAUAGUGAUCAUCCAGAUCUUGGACCAGCUUACUAAUGCUGAGUUUGUAACAGAAUGUAUACUUCCGUGGAAGAAUUCAGAGCUUAGAAAGAUUGUUGUAGGUACGUUUUACUCCGGAGAACUCCAUCUACGUUUGACUCCUACCAGAAGACCUCAUGCUUGUAACCCCAAGUUAGCCAAAUAUAUUGACAUAUUCCAGAUUAUGGAAAUAGAGCAAUUCCUACUAGAAAAUCCAGAUAUCAACCCAGAAACAAUAAAACUUUAUACGGGACGUCAUAUGCUUGAAGAUUUGGUUCAAUUGCUUAAGAAAUAUACCACCAGGUUUACCAAUCAAGUGAAAAAUUUGGAAUUAUAUAUUGAAAACGUUACUACUUGGAGUCCAGAGUUGGUUGAUGAAUUAUUAGCGUUUCCUAACAUUCGGAAACUUCAAUUAACAAAUUCUCCUAUUGGCUCAUCAUUACUGAAAUCAUCCAAUUUCCAAAAUCAUCCAUGUAUUACCGAAUUGGUACUCUUGGGCCAUGGUAUAACCAAUUGGUCCAAGAUCCAAUUCCCACCGAAUUUGACUCAUUUGGAUGCUUCAUGGACAACUCUGCUGUCUCCCUUUACAAUGCAUUUACCUCCAACUAUUGAACAUAUUUAUUGGAAUGGAAGUGGAUUACUUGACAACAUUUGGAAUAUUAAAUUCCCACCGAAUGUUCAAACACUUAUGUUAACAUCAAAUUCAAUCAAUACCAUUGAUAUUGCAAAACUACCCACUGCACUAAGAACUUUGGAUCUUUCCAAUAAUGGAAAUAAGAGGUUUGUUUAUUCAGGAACGGAUAAACCUCAUUGGCCAUCAAACUUACGAUCGUUAAUCCUAUCCCAAAGUUCUAUUGAUGAUUCAAGCUUAGAAUUCUUAAAGACGGUAGCGUGGCCUCCAUUACUUGAGAAUAUUAGGGUUGACUUCAAUCAUAUGACAUCAUUAACAUUCUUACAAGAUCUACCUGAUUCUGUACAAUACAUGGAUCUCACAGGUACACUGAUUAGUAAUUUCAAUAUAUUUGGUGAUGAUAAUGAAGGUAUUGACAUUCUCCUUCAUAAAGAUGGACCACCUAAAGUGUUUAAGUUUCCAAGUUCUCUAACGUACUUAAACGUUGAAUUUUGUCCUAAUUUUAAGGUUCCUGUAUCAUAUUUGAAAUAUCCAAUUUGGUUUAGUUCCAAUCUUUCAGUAUUAAAUUUAGGAGAAUGCAACUUAGAAUCACUUGAUGGGUUUAUAUUACCUUCAUCACUAACGAAAUUGUCACUCACCGAAAACAAAUUGAAAGACUUGAAGUAUCCUUAUUGGAAUAAGCUCAUCUCCCUUAAAUCGUUAUUGGUGGUAGCAAAUAAGCUAGAGCAUCUAGACCCUACAGUACUUCCCCCGAAUUUGGAGUACUUGGACAUAUCUCACAAUAUGCUCACAAGUCUUGAAGGAGAUUAUUCCCGGUUGACUCAUUUAAGACGCAUUCUGGCAGCUGACAACCAAAUUGAAUCUAUAAGCAGCAAGCUACAACUUCCGUCACUGUUGCUUCUGCUUGGAUUAGAGGGGAACAAUUUUACUACCUUUGAUUUUUGUUUCGAUAUACCUACCAAUCUCAUAAACAUCAAAUUGAAUGAGAAUAAAAUAUCAAGCAUGAAGUUCCCAUUAAGCGGUACUGCUUCCAAACUGCAGCUAAUGGAACUUGAUUUGACAGGGAAUGUGCUUUUCAAAUCCACUAGACAAAAUAAUCGAACAACUAAUGGGAAUAUUCGUACUAAGAUUGAUGAGUUUUAUACGGCACUUGAAUUAUGUAUUGGGAAACGAGUUCUCCGUCGGAAAUUCAAUGUUAACAGUGUCCAUGAGUUUGUUUAA